UACUUCAGUGUAAUGUUUCUGAAAUGUUUGAAUAAUCUAGCUCGAAAAACAGACCUGUACGCUGCAUAUAUUAAUCUGACAUUAGACACGUAAACACUACGAUCAAAGUCAUUUUCACACAACAGGACUUUCAUCGCAUUUCAGUUCCUUACCCGAGCUCACAUUAUCAUCAGACGUUAGUUGCUGAAGGGAUAAUCCAGAUUUUUCUCUGGCAUGGAGCCUUUCCACUGGGCGUUUGUAUUCCUCGUGGGAUUUUCAGUUUUGGUCUUGCAAACUGAUUCACAAGAAUGUACAGCACCUCUUGGCAUGGAAACCCGUCUCAUCAAAGAUGCUCAAAUAACCGCCUCUUCCCAGUGGGAUUCAAAUCACGCUGCCAUCCAGGCAAGGUUGAACUUUAAGGCAGGCGGAGGCAAACAAGGGGGAUGGUCAUCGUACUCUAAUGACGCCAAUCAAUGGAUUCAGGUGGCCCUUGGUGGUUACACCAACUUAACAGGUAUAGCUACACAGGGAAGAAAUGGACACAGACAGUGGGUAACCAAAUACCAGCUUCAAUAUAGUGACGAUGGAGUGAACUUUCACCAUUACAAAGCACUAUGCGAGAAAUUGCCUAAGGUGUUUAAUGGAAAUAAGGACGCUGACAGCAUAGUUUACCACAAGUUAAACCCGCCAAUCCAAGCUCACUACAUCCGACUCAGGCCAACAGCGUGGUCCGGUCAUAUUUCACUGAGGAUGGAACUGUAUGGUUGUUUAGAGGUGCCAUGUACAGCAUCUCUAGGCAUGGAAACCCGUCUCAUCAAAGAUGCUCAAAUCACCGCCUCUUCAGAGUGGGAUUCAAAUCACGCUGCAAUCCAGGCAAGGUUGAACUUUAAGGCAGGUGGAGGCAAAGCAGGGGGAUGGUCAUCGCGCUCUAAUAACGCCAAUCAAUGGAUUCAGGUGGCCCUUGGUAGUUACACCAAAUUGACAGGUAUAGCUACACAAGGAAGAAAUAGAUACACACAGUGGGUAACCAAAUACCAGCUUCAAUAUAGUGACGACGGAGUGAACUUUCACUAUUACAAAGAACCAGGCCAGAGGUCGCCAAAGGUGUUUAAUGGAAAUAAGGACGCUGACAGCAUAGUUUACCACAAGUUCAACCCGCCAAUCCAAGCUCACUACAUCCGACUCAGGCCAACAGCGUGGUCCGGUCAUAUUUCACUGAGGAUGGAACUUUAUGGCUGUUUAGGCAACGCAACCGAUCUAGUCUCCCAAGGUAGUCGGAGAAGACGUGAAGUUGGCGAUCACGUGACUAAUGUGUACUCCUUGGCUGAGGGCGCAUUCCACCUGGCGCGAGGGAAACGAGAGGAAAAGCGCGGAAAGGACCUCGAUAAAAGUGGUUCCAGCUCCGUCUUCCUCAUAGCUUUGCUUGUGAUGUGCCUUGCUUGCUUGGCCGGAACGGCACUGGUGAUAUUCAAAAAGUCACGUGACAAGUCUGCUGGGUUUGCUAUGCUUGUCAGCGGUGAUCAGGAAUGAAAGCAUUCUUAAAUACUUAACCGGACAGACUUAAGCGUUACUCGAGCAUGAGAUAUGUACAGAAUUACUGAAAGUUUCCUCGCUAAUCUUUUUAUUGUGUACAUUAGUUAGUCAGCCCUGUAGACAAAACACUAGUUAUUACUACUCUUCUGAAAGGUUCUUCUCAAACUCAUUAAUGAUUCAUUAAGUUAAAACAAAAGAAAUCACCACUGUGAAGGAGGUUUGGAUAC